UCCACCUGUGUUCAGUGUAGCGUUCAAGCAUAGGCCAUCCCCCAUCAGUGUCCGCGGGAAGGAAGGAGGAGUUUAACCCCACAUUGUCUGGGAGGAGUCCGCAGUCUCUUACCGCUCCGUCCCGGGAUCGUUUGCUCGGAUAAUGUCGUGGAAGAAGAUUCUUUAAUGCAAGUAAAAUCCUACCUUGUGGCUGGAGCUGUUUUGUCCAUUUUUUUUUACUGUAACAAGCACUGAGCACGAGGAACACGUGAAUGCAGCGGCAGGUAGAGGAAACAUUAAACGGUUCCAGGUGAGCCACACAACCAAGGACUGAGUUAACUUUGGAAAAUGAGGCACAGAUAACUCUAAAUUGUGAAGCAAGACUUUCUAAGUGUGCAGGAUGGGGAAUUCAGAGAGCCAGUACAGCAUUGAUGGUCCGAAAGGCACAAGCUUCAUCUUCCCCAGGAAACAAAAACCGUAUUCACUGAAACUCGGCUCAACCAAAGAUGACGUUCUUUCCCCACACACGUGGUGGAGAAACGCCCCACUCGGCUCAGGGUACAAGGCGAAGUGUGUUGGUCGUGGUUGUUUGUCACCUCCUAAAAGCAGACACUCUUACUCAGCCCAACGCUGCGACUACAUCUGCAAAGGAGCGAGGGGCAGCACCGAGCAUCACUGGCAUCGCUCGCCUGGAUGCGGCAUUCGAAGACGGCAAUUGUCAGAUGACUAUGAAGAGAAUCCGUACGGGGCUGAGCUCAAUGGGCGCUCUCUGAACGGACACGGCGAUGAGCAGGAGGUUCUGGAGGAACAGAGCAGCCCAAGGGUGGUGAUCAAGAAGGAUGGCACUCUCAGGGUGGAGUUCACAAACACCUCAGGAAGCCCCUUGCUCCUGGAUGAGGCCUCUGGCCCAGUCCAGCUGCUCAAGUUCUCUCCAAAUUUGGAGGCUACGUCCACUCCGAGCUUGCCGGGUUCCAGUGGCAGUAGGCAGGAGGCCCACCGGGGUGGACCACCACCAGCUUCUACCUCCUCCACUGCCAGGACUAGCAAGGGAAGCUCACUGAGCUCCGAAGGCUCCUGGUACGAUUCCCCGUGGGGUCCCGGUGCAGAGCUAUGUGAUCAGGACCAACCAUGCUGUACUAGCAGAACAUUAGAGCAUUCCCCUAUACAUCAGCUUGACUCCUUUGCAGAAAACCCUGCACCUUCAUGUAGUUCAGAGCUCUACAGGGACUCCACAAUGGCUGCCACUUUUCCUACAGCCAGCGAGUUGUCCUCCCAGUCACAGCAGCCUCCGUUGGGCCGAAGGCUGCAUCGAGCUUCUCUUGCGUCUGUACUGGACGUGCCUUUGGUGGAAGAAUGCGCAGAGCCACGGCAGUAUUCAUCGUUCACCUUGCCUUGUCGCAGGCCCAAAGCCCAUACCAUUAGUUCAAAUAUGGAGCAGUACCACAAGCCGACGCAGCAGCAGCAGCAGCAGCAGCAGCAGCAGCAGCGUAGGCACGACUUUUUCAAUAAGAAAGACUCCAUCAAAAACCGGAUCAGACGCUUCAGUGACUGGACAGGCAGCCUCAGCCGGAAGAAGAAGAAAUCUCAAGAGACCAGAUACAAAGAUGCAAGCGAGGCCUUCGACAGUGGUGUCGACGGCCUGACUGCUGACACCAGCUCCCCCUCCCAGGUUUCCAGCCUCCUGUGGUUCCCCGGAGCCUCCAGAGCUCAGUCGUCAGGAGCCAUCCACCAGACAACCAGCGACGCUGUCCGCCAGAACAUCUACGAAAACUUCAUGAGAGAGCUCGAGACGGGAACCGGAACAGGAGGGGGCGACAGGAGAGACCCAUCGACUGGAACGGAAGAAGACGGAAGCAGCAGCGAGUCGGCCGAGGGCUCCAUGGAGGAGCUGGACCUUUUGUUUGAGAAGGAGCAGGGAGUGGUCAGAAGGGCGGGGUGGCUGUCCUUCAAGCCCCUCGUUACCCUGCACAAGGACAGGAAGCUGGAGCUGGUGACCCGACGCAAGUGGAAGCACUACUGGGUGACUUUGAAAGGAUGCACGUUGUUGUUCUAUGAAACUUACGGGAAGGGCUCUACAGAGCAGGAGCUGUCACCCCGCUACGCCCUCUUAGCCGAGGACAGCGUCGUCCAGGCUGUCCCAGAACACCCCAAGAGGGAGAACGUCUUCUGUUUGAGUAAUUCAUUUGGAGACGUCUACUUGUUUCAGGCCAGCAACCAGACGGAUCUGGAGAACUGGGUGACGGCCAUCCACUCAGCCAGCGCCUCGCUGCUCGCCAAGCGGCAGGGAAAGGAGGACACGGUGCGUCUGCUGCGGAACCAGGUACGCACGCUGCUGCAGAAGAUAGACAUGGAUGGGAAGAUGAAGAAGAUGGCCGAGCUCCAGCUGACCGUAGUCAGCGACCCCAAAAACCGCAAAGCUAUUGAGAACCAGAUUCAGCAGUGGGAGCAGAACUUGGAGAGAUUCAACAUGGACCUCUUCAGAAUGCGCUGCUACCUUGCUAGUCUUCAGGGGGGGGAACUGCCCAAUCCGAAGAGCCUGCUUGCCAUCGCCAGCCGUCCAACCAAGUCCACUCUGGGACGCCUUGGGGUUUUCUCUGUGUCUUCUUUCCAUGCACUGAUCUGUUCCAGGGACGAGGCCACAGCCAGGAGGCGUUCGUUGUCGGUGACUUGUGGCCAGCGAAAGAGAAGCAUUUUCUCCUCUCUUAAAGGCCUGGACAACCUGACGAAACGGGGCCGGGACAAGAGACCCUCUGUAGCGCAGGUCUUUGAGAGCGAUGCUGGAGGUCAGACAUACAUGCUGCCCCCCAGAAGUACAGAGAAGCUAAACAUGUUGACCAGGAUCUACUCCAUGUCGCCACCUGAUGGGGGCAUUUGGGACAACGUCGACGCCGCCUCCGACACGCUGACAUGUGUGCGCAUGCCGGACGGCCUGACGGUCCAGCUUUCCAUCAGAAAACACCAGACAGCCGCUGACCUUCUUUGUGCAGCCUGCAAGGUGAAGCAGCUGGACCCGGGUUUGCACUGCAUCCGGCUACACAGACAAGCAGGGCAGAAUGUGGAAGUUCGAUACUUGGCUCCUGGCGAGCUUCUCCACGACGCGGUCUGGGAUCAGCUGGAGGUGGUCUCUGCUAAUGUGUUCACGCUGCACAUGAGAAGGCCGAGCAGCACCGCCGACUUUGGCUUUGCCAUAACGGGACACAUUGACAGUCAGAGGAACAGCAGGAUUUUUGUGAGCGAAGUUCUCGCCGAUGGGCUGGCUUUCAGCGAAGGUCUCCGUCCAGGCGACGAGAUCCUGGUGCUGAACGGCCAGUGUGUGUCUGCUCUGGACCUGGCCUUGAUCCAGACCCUGUUUUCUGAACGGUCCCUGCACCUGAGGCUUCGGCGGGAUGGCCCCACGCCAUCAGCUCGGAUGUCGGACCGCCCCGCUCCUCUGGGCAAACGCGGCCAGGAGGUCCGUGGCAAGCAUCACCGAGCCAAGUCAUCUUCAGAUGUGUUUGCUGCAGCAGACAAUGGAGAGUCCCUCCGCGUAGGUCUGGAGAAUGAUCACUCCCAGUGUGCCCACAGGCUCGUUCAACACAGCAAGAGCGUGGAGACAGUGUGCACCAUCUACAAUUCCUUCCAGGAAGGCUCAGCAGCCGGGGGUGUGAUGGAUGAUGUGAAGGAAACUCAGGGAGGCGAGUCAGGCUCAAGUCCCGCCAGAGAGGGCGCGCUGCUCAGACCUUGCCCCAAGCACAUGAGCGUCACGGAGAGGCUGCGCAAGGUCAUCCAGGAGCUGGUGGACACGGAGAAGUCCUACGUGAAGGACCUGGACUGCUUGUUUGAGAUCUACCUGAAACCGCUGCAGAGCGAAACCUUCCUCACACAGGACGAGAUGGAGAGUUUGUUUGGCAGCCUUCCUGAGAUGCUGGACUUCCAGAGGGUCUUCCUGCAGACCCUGGAGGAGAGGAUUGCCUCCAAGCCUGACGUCAGCACCCUGGAGACGCCCUCGCAGUUUAAGAAGCUGCUGUUUUCUCUGGGGGGUUCGUUCCUCUAUUAUGCGGACCACUUCAAGCUCUACAGUGGGUUCUGUGCAAACCACAUCAAAGUCCAGCAGGUCCUAAAGAGAGCAAAGACGGAUCAGGCCUUUAAACAAUUCCUGGAUGCAAGGAACCCUACUAAGCAGCACUCGUCCACCCUGGAGUCGUACUUGAUUAAACCGGUGCAGAGGGUCCUUAAGUACCCCCUGCUGCUCCGAGAGCUGGUCUCCCUUACCGAUGCGGACAGCGAGGAGCACUACCACCUCACCGAGGCUCUGAAGGCCAUGGAGAAGGUGGCGAGCCACAUCAACGAGAUGCAGAAGAUCUACGAGGAUUUCGGCUCCGUGUUUGACCAGUUGGUUGCGGAGCAGACGGGCCUCGACAAGGAGGUCACAGAGAUUUCCAUGGGUGAGUUUCUCAUGCAUUCCUCAGUGGUCUGGCUCAACCCUCAUCCAUCGCUGGGCCGCAUGAGAAAAGAUCCCGAAAUUACUGUAUUUGUCUUCAAGAAAGCGGUGAUAUUGGUCUACAGGGAAAACUACAAGCUGAAGAAGAAAAUGACGAAUCCUCGUUCGGCACUUUGUCACGGCGACUCAGACCCGUUUAAGUUCCGGCGGCUCAUUCCUCUGUCUGCACUGCAGGUCAGGCUGGGCAACGCUGCAGGAACGGGCACGGAAAGCAGCUGCAUUUGGGAGCUGAUUCACUCCCGGUCUGAAGUGGAAGGCAGACCGGAGACGGUCUUCCAACUGUGUAGCAGUGUGCCCGAGAACAAGGUCAACGUCAUCAAGGUCAUCCGCUCCAUCCUGAGGGAGAAUGUGAGGAGGAACAUGAGGAGCGAGGGAACGCUGGAGAAGAGCUGUAAGGAGCGCUUGGUGCCUCUACACAAAACGUUGCCUACCUCCGCCAAACUAGGAUCCUCCAGAGCUUCCUGGUUGUGUAAGCAGCCGCUUGAGGAAGUCUCCUUCCAGGCCAGGAAUCCUAAGUUAGGACCCGACUCAGACGACGGCAGCCUGAGUAGUGGAACCUACAGUUUUUCUAGCGCUCCUCCAGCUUGCGCCUCUUCUGACUCUCAGGCCUCCACCGCCCCCCAGAACUGGUCUCAAGCCCAAGAGUCUGACUCACAACCUCGCUCCACCUCUGUGAAGGAGUCGGACAUUUUAAGCGACGAGGACGACGACGGUUUCAGCGAGGGGGGCGCGAGAAGGGACAGUGGGGACAGCAGUUCCCCAGCAAGUGCCAUCGAAGCCCAGUUCCUCCAUCUCAAGCUGUCGGAAGAAGCUGUGUCAAAAUGCAUUCUGGCACCUUGUGUUCAACCAGAGGGAAUUGGGGACACUCCUGAGAUCCAACACAAGCCAUUGCGAAGACACUACAAUGGAGUUAAGAGAAAAACCAACAGUCUGAAGAGAAACCAGGAGUCGCUGUUGCACCUGAAGAACCAGACUAGGUCAUUGGAUAGUCAGACUGGUUCAGUGUCACCCAGUGGUGUUGUGGACCUCAACACUCUGCUGGAAAGAGAGUUCAGCGUCCAAAGCCUGACAUCCGUAGUGAACGAAGACUGUUUCUUUGACCGAGCUGACAGCUGUGCGACAGACUCUGGAAAUACCAUGUCUACCUAGAAUCCAAUAUGGGCAGAGUGGAAAAAAUACUGUAUCUGACCCACAGGUAGGUCAUAAAGGUGAGGGGGCUGGUCAAAAUCCCAGCAUUACAAGUGGGGAAACCCAUGUGGCUUACAGCAGUCACUGCCAGGCAGGGUGUGAAGCUGUGCCUGAACUCGGAAGUCACCAAGUCUGACACCCUGCCACAGAGGGUGAGGUGCAAAUGAUCUCUUAGCUCGCAGACCUGGGUUUUCCACCUGAAGUGGAGAGGUGAGACAAUUUCUCCCCCAUUGAUGACUGCAACAAAUCCUCCAAGCACUGAUGUCAUUGUGCAAGCGUUUUGACUUUUUCAGCUUCGCCUCUUUUUAUUUCCCCUGCACCCUCACCAAACCAUUUAAAAGACAUAUUACAUUCCCCUCCUCUCCACAUCUUGGGCUGAUUGGCAGGUUUGAUUUGAUUUCUGACCUUUUCUGUGG